AUGCCUAUCCAGGGAAGGCCCAUCGGUGCUCCACAUCUUGUUCUUGUGCUUCAAAAUCUGCUUUGGGGACAUCUCACUUAUACGACAUCCGGUGGAUCAGCACAACACCGAGAUGAAGGACGACUAAGCAUCAAAAAAAGAAGUUGGCACAAUGCCUUGAAACCCUCGGCCUCGUACUCAGAAUCCUGGACACCACCAGAGCUCAGUCAGGGUCCCGAAGACAACACGUUAAUAUCUUUUCAUGUCAAAUUGAUCUUGUUCAAGAGUAAUGCGCAUGAGGUUGGUAGCAUUAGCCAUUCACUCGGUUUCUUGAAUCCGUCAAAGUUGAAAAUAUGGAGCGCCUCUUUAAAAAAGAAAAAGGCGAAAAUAUGUUCAGGCCAGUUUACGUUUACACCAGCGGUCCAGCGGGCGAGUUCAUUAGAGUACGCGAGUACUUUGGUGAGCUCCUUAAUCGAUUUUGAAGCACAAGAACAAGAUGUGGAGCACCGAUGGGCCUUCCCUGGAUAG